AUGUCUGACGUUACCGAAUUGUUCAAGCGCAAAAGGCUGGCAGCGCUGGAAAGAGGAAGCUUGACGCAGUACGAGAUCCCACUAAGCACAGCUGAUGCCAUCAGUCGACACGCGGGCGCAGAAGAUGCAGCAGACGACGAUAACGAUGUCGCUGCCGGACCACCACUUGCACCUGAAGACGACGAGGACAAUUACGGACCCGAGAUGCCCCCCGAUGAUGAGGAAGGUCGAUUCUUUGGCGGAGGGAUAACAAAGCAGGAGUCCGAGAUUCUCGACUACGUAGACGGCCGUGGUGAGGAAUCUGCUGCCCCCGAAAAGAUCGAUGCUGGCUGGGUUCGGAAAACAGCACUGAACUUCGAGAAGCGCAUCACUAAAAAUGCCGAGCUACGCGCAAAGUUUGCUAAUGACCCUCAAAAAUUCAUUGAGAGCGAAGCUGAUCUCGACACCGCUAUCAAAGACCUCUCCAUCUUGGCAGAACACCCCGAACUAUACCCCCACUUCGUUAAGUUGGGAUGCGUCGAGAGCCUCGUCAGCUUGCUGGCCCACGAAAACACGGAUAUAGCUAUCGACGCUGUCGAAAUCAUCGGCGAGCUCAUUGAUGAAGACGUCGAUGCAGCGGACGAAGACUGGGACUCCCUGGUCGAUGCGCUCCUGAAUGCCGAUUUGAUCGGCCUACUUGUAUCAAACUUCUCCCGCCUGGACGAGAAUGAUGAAUCCGACCGCAGCGGUGUCUAUCACGCCCUCGGUGUCAUAGAAAAUCUGCUUUCCAAGACGUCGAACGCGGAAAAUGUGGGACAGAACACCAUGCUGGUCAAGUGGCUCUUGGAAAGGGCACAACGCAAGGAAUCCCCAGUGUCCCAGAACAAGCAAUACUCUACAGAGCUCCUGGACAUUAUUGCAAACGCUUCGCCGGUGACGCGGCGGAGGUUGGCCGAGAUGGAUGCCGUCGACGUCUUGUUGCAGCUGGUGUCAGCGUAUCGCAAACGCGACCCCGAAAAAGGAGGCGAAGAGGAAGAGUACAUGGAGAACCUCUUCAACGCGCUCGUUUGCAUUGUAGACGAACCGGAAGGCAAAAGCAAGUUCCUCGAGGCAGAAGGUAUCGAGCUGUGCCUGAUCAUGCUCAAAGAAGGAAAGAUGAGCAAGCAGCCAGCGAUGCGUCUUCUUGUGCAUAGCGUCAACGACGAUAUGAGUGGUGACCUUUGCCGAAAAGUGGUAGAUGCCGGUGGUUUGAAGGUGCUCUUCUCCCUGUUCAAAAAGGCAACGCAGCACCAGCGGGUGAUGACUGAGAGCCUUUUCGACAUAUUUAGGUCCUUGUUGCGUUUUCUGCCUGCUAAUUCUGCAGAGAGGAUCCGUACAUUGGCUAAGUUUGUCGAAAAAAACUAUGAGAAACUGUCUCGACUCUACGAGUACAGAACAAGAUACAGAUCCAUGCUCGAUGCGCAGGACAAGAAGAUCCAGCAGGAGCGAAGUCGCAUGAGCACUGAAGAGGCUGAGGCCUCGGAGGGCGAGUGGUUUCUAACGAGGAUAGAUGAGGGCCUUUACAGCGUCUGGAAUAUCGACGUUAUUUUGGCGUGGCUCAUCGCUGAGGAUGCCGGCGCAAAGAAGAAGGUACAGAAACUAUUAGCCGCAGACGAGAAAGAUCUGACGGCCAUCAAGGCAACACUGGAGGAGUACCGAUGUGACCUUGACCUAGAUAGGCCCGAGCACAAAGACCUUUCGGAUAUGCUCACAACGCUCAUGGGAUUCUUGCGCUAG